GGGUGUGAGGUGGAUUUGAACUUGAAGCCGGGGCAGAUUGGAGGAGACUCCUAACUGAUGUCCGAGUAGACUGCGCUCUGAGGAGAGAAAGAGAGCUCUAUACAGCGGGAACUAGAACGCAUAUUAGUCUGGUUCUGGAACUAGAAUCCGGGAUCUUUGGAAACUUGAUCGAAAACUUAUCUGGAUAUCUGGACCCAAGGUUCUAUAGAAAUGUUACAUCUCGGACACCUGCUCUGGCUGAUGUCUCUCUGUUCUGCUUUAGCUGAAAAAGAUCCAUCAUGGAGGAUGACGGUAGAGAAGGCUGCCCCCGUUAGUGGUUCUCUGGCUGGCAGGGUGGUGCUACCAUGCCACUUCUCCAUCACCCCCACCACACACACCCCCACACUCACCCCUAGCACCCAGGGCCCAGAGGACCAGCUGAGGAUCAAGUGGAGCAAGGUGGAGGGAGAUGGGGAGCGUGUGGUGCUGGUGGCCCAUGGAGGAGUGAUCAAGGUGGGGCAGGAGUACAAGGGAAGGGUGUCUGUGCCCAGCCACCCCCAGGCAGUAGGGGAUGCUUCGCUGAUCGUUGUCCACCUGAGGGCUAGCGACGCUGGGCUCUAUCGCUGCGAAGUCAUGCAUGGGAUGGAGGACACCCAGGAUACUGUUCAUCUCAAUGUCAGUGGUGUGGUGUUUCACUACAGGUCUAACUCUAGUCGUUACACCUUGUCCUUCCCUGGGGCCAUUGAAGCGUGUCUCGCUGCCGGGGCCACCAUCGCUACAGCCGAACAGCUGACCGCCGCCUUCGAGGACGGACUGGACCAGUGUGACGCCGGCUGGAUAGCUGACCAGACUGUCAGAUACCCAAUCACGAAGCCCCGUCCUGGUUGCAUGGGCGAUAUGAAGCACAGACCUGGGAUCAGGACGUAUGGGCUCAGAGACCCUAAAGAGACCUAUGACGUCUACUGCUAUGUAGAUAAACUACACGGCGAGGUGUUCUACACUCCUGUCAGCUACAAGCUGACCCUUCGCCAGGCCAAGCAUGAGUGUGAGAGGCAGGGGGCGGUGCUCGCCUCCCCUGGUAACCUGUUCGCUGCGUGGCGUGGAGGACUGGAUCGCUGUGAUUACGGCUGGCUGUCAGAUGGCAGCGCCCGCUACCCAAUCUCUGUCCCCAGGCCCCAGUGUGGAGGAGGGCUGCUGGGGGUCCGGACCCUGUACCGAUUCCCCAACCAGUCAGGCUUCCCCAACCCUAUUGACAGACAUGGAGCUUUCUGUUUCAAGGGGAAGGAACCAGAGAUCACCUCUCCUGGACCUGUGACGACCACAGACGCUCGCAGGACAGACACAGCUCCAGACAAACCUGAUGCCAUCUACCACACAGGCAGAACUGACCACACAGUUACAGACCCGAUUCACUCAGCCAGAACUGACCACACAGUUACGGACAGAACUCACUCAGCCAGAACUGACCACACAGUUACAGACAGAACUCACACAGCCAGAACUGACCACACAGUUACAGACCCAACUCACACAGCCAGAACUGACCACACAGUUACAGAACCAAAUCACACAGCCAGAACUGACCACACAGUUACAGACCCAACUCACACAGCCAGAACUGACCACACAGUUACCGACAGAACUCACACAGCCAGAACUGACCACACAGUUACAAACAGAACUCACACAGUUACAGAGAAACCUCACCCCACAGACAGACCAUACCAGACUACUGCAGAGCAAGACAGAAGUCAGCAUGCAGGUGGACUACAUGAGACAGCUUAUACAGGCACAGACAGACAUCACACAGCUACUGACAGAACACACACCACCAAAGACAAACAUCACACCACUGACUAUACGACAAUAGACAAAGACAGAACUACAGGCAGAAAGACAGACUUCUCUGUUGGUACCACUCUGUUACCUGAGUAUGACGUGGAUGACUUUGGCCCAGACCUAACCAAGGUAGAGUCAGUUCCAAGCAGGGGUGAUACCCUGUUCCCUAUGCAGCUGCCCCCUCUCCCCACCACCCGCUCCCAGCCCAUCCACCCCCACCUCGACAUCAACCAGGGGGGAGACCAGGUGGGACAGGGAGAGACUCAGAUAGGCUCAGGCAGAGGGGAGAGCAGUGGGAGUGGGGAGGGGAGCAGUAGUGAUGGGGGAAGUGAGGGGGAGGACAGGGUAGUAGUGAUUCCUACACAGGGCUUCAUGGCCGAGACAGGGAUGGGAUCAGACCCUUCACGCCCAGGACAACCAGGUUACCCAGGACGUCCAGGGUCAGUCACCCCAGAGCAGGGCCAACCAGGCUGGGACAGAGUGACAGGACAGAAGCCUGCUGUGGUCUACAAGGAGGAGGAGGGGCAGAGCUCUAGAAAAACAACCCAUAGCAUAGCAGGAGCCAUGGAAUCAUACAGCGUGGACCAAUCGGUGGCGAUCCCUCAUGAGGCAUCUCCCACCAAACCACCCUUCCACCUCAUCAUUGUCAACGUGCAUGACAAGAACCAAACAGUCGACCACAUCCUGCAGAUCCUUGGCCAGCCUCUAGGGGGUAAUGGAGAUUUCCAGUCCCCUCUCAUCCCAGCCUUCCCAUUCAUCCAGACUGAGGCCAUCCAGGGCAGCGAGGACAGUAUCCAUCCCAUCACUCUCCCCCCAACACUCAGCUUCAUCAACGGGAAACACCAGGUGACUCUGGAGCCAGAGCUGCCGGGGAAGGAGCAGGAGGCGAGAGGAGACCAGUUUGAGACGGCCACACCAGUCCACAGUGAACUGGGGGAAGAGAUGGAUCAUGACGAGGAGGAGAAGAGCCUUACUCCCUUUGACUAUGGAGCCAUUCAUACUGGAGAGACCAGAGAGUCCACUACUACAGACAGAGACACAGACAGAGACACAACUACAGACAGAGACACAGACAGAGACACAACUACAGACAGAGACACAACUACAGACAGAGACACAGCCAGAGCUCUUCCCCAGUCUCUUCCCCAGGCUCUUCCGCAGUCUCUUCCCCAGGCUCUUCCCCGUCUCUUCCCCAGUCUCUUCUCCAGGCUCUUCCCCGGUCUCUUCCCCAGUCUCUUCCCCAUCUCAGCCUCAUCCCCUGGUUCCCCCGAUACUUCCCCAGAUGGCAUCUUCCCCUAUGAGGACAUGAAGUGGUCAAGCGGUCAUACCCAGGAGGGCUCAGCAGAUGAUACCCGGCCCACCCCAGCCUCAGAUAGCCAACCAGGUGUGGUCACGGACGAGACAGAGAUUGGAGGGGCGGAGAGCGUCGCACACACUCCAUCUCACAAACACUACACUUACACCAAAGACACACAAACUCCCUCACAGACCGAGGUAGGAGACUUUGAGGGAUCUACGUCAACAGAAGAGGAAGGCUCGGCCCAGGAGGUGUACCCACAUGAAGGCCACAGAUUCACCAGCCCUGGCAGCCCUGGAGCCAUUGAGGCUCCCCUGUUGGGGCCUGGGGUGGAGGGACAGGUGACUGUUACACCCGAACCGGGAGCCAGACCAGGAGCCAGACCAGGAGCCAGACCAGCCCAGGCAGGAGAGACUGUAGGAGACCGCACUGCAAAUCACAUAGACUCUUCUACACAGCACACAGACUACCCCCUCCAGCCUACCACACAGGAUAAAGAUAUCUCCACUCACACUAAGGAUCAGACCAGAUACCCACCUACACAUCGGAAGGACCAAACCACCCAGCAUGCCACACACGAUAGAGAUCACUCCACAUACUCUAAGGAUCAUACCAGAUACCUCACUACACAAACCACCCAGCAUCCAACACAUGUAAGAGAUCACUCCACACACACUAAGGAUCAGACCAGAUACCCCACUACACAAACCACCCAGCAUCCAACACACGAUAGAGAUCACCUCACACACACUAAAGAGCAAACCAAACAACCCUCUCACCCUAGAUUCCCUACCACCCACCACCAGGAGCAAACCAGCCUCUUUACCACUGAUCAGAAGACCACACUGCACCUGAACCUGACACACACACCCCCUGCACACCCCUCCACUCCACCUCCCACCCGCCCCUCCAAUCCACCUUCUGCACAUCCCUCCACUCCACCUCUCACCCGCCUUUCCACUCCACCUUCUGCACAUCCCUCCACUCCACCUCUCACCCGCCUUUCCACUCCACCUCUCACCCACUCCUCCACUCCACCUCUCACCCACUCCUCCACUCCACCUUCUGCACAUCCCUCCACUCCACCUCCCACCCACUCCUCCACUCCACCUCCUGCCCACCCCUCCACUCCACCUUCUGCCCACCCCUCCACUCCACCUCCUGCCCACCCCUCCACUCCACCUCCUGCCCACCCCUCCACUUCAUUUCCCACCCACCCCUCCACUCCACCUCCUGCUCGCCCCUCCCGCCCCAUCCCUGACUGGGCCCUGACCACUCAGACCCUCCUGCCUGAUGGGGAGGAGUUUGUGGAUUAUGACCAUGUGAAUGGUUCUCCUCUGCUGGAGGCCAGUCCCCCUGUUCCUGAGCAACCCCAGUCCAUCUAUCAGCCUGAAACAGGAACUGACUACUACAUCGAGGCCCAGACCGUCGAUGUCAGACCUCUGCAGCAGUGCACGGUAAAUGUGUGUCUGAACAAAGCAUCUUGCUACCAGAGAGGCAACGCCAGCAUCUGUGUAUGUGCACCUGGAUACACCGGACAGCGUUGCCAAACAGAUGUUGAUGAGUGCCAAUCCAACCCGUGUGCUAAUGGAGCCACCUGUAUGGACGGAGUCAACUCCUUCAGCUGUGUGUGUCUGCCCAGCUAUGCAGGACAGCUCUGUGAACAAGACACGGAGGUGUGUGAGUAUGGUUGGCAGAAGUUCCAGAGCCAUUGUUAUAAGUACAUCACCCACCGUCGCACCUGGGACGCUGCCGAGAGAGAGUGUCGUGUCCAAGGAGCCCACCUAGCCAGUGUCCUGUCACAGGAGGAGCAGCUGUAUGUCAACCGUCUGGGCCAUGACUACCAGUGGAUCGGUCUGAACGACAAGAUGUUUGAGAGAGACUUCCGCUGGACAGACGGCAGCAUCAUGCAAUAUGAGCACUGGCGUCCCAACCAGCCAGACAGUUUCUUCCAAUCUGGAGAGGACUGUGUGGUGAUGAUCUGGCAUGAGGGAGGACAGUGGAACGAUGUACCCUGCAACUACCACCUCACCUUCACCUGCAAGAAGGGCACAGUCUCUUGCAGCCAGCCCCCAUUGGUGAAGGAUGCCUGUGUGUUCGGUUCUAUGAAGCCUCGUUAUGAGAUCAACACUCUGGUUCGUUACCACUGUAAAAACGGCUUCAUACAGAGACAUGUCCCUACCAUCCGCUGUCGUGACAAUGGCCAAUGGGACAGCCCCAAGAUCACCUGUAUGAGCCCCGCUACCUACCAGAAGGCUUUCGUUUCUCGGCAACGUACCGAUAAUCACAAUCAUAACCAGAAUCAGUACAAUCACAACAAUCAAAACCAACAAUACAACAAUUAAAACAACCAAGACCAACA